UUAUUUAACUGCUCCUAUUUCGAAACAUGAAAACUGGAGUGCCACACUAGCUAGCUAAUGCUCACCAUAGUAUACUGCAUUAAACUUUAAGAAAAAUAUGGGAAGAAGAUCAGAUGAAAGUGAUGAUAUGAGUGGGCUAAAGAAAGGUCCUUGGACUCCUGAAGAAGAUCAAAAGCUAGUGGAUUACAUCCACAACAAUGGCCAUGGAAAUUGGAGAGCUCUUCCUAAGCUUGCUGGACUGAAUCGCUGUGGAAAAAGCUGCCGCCUACGGUGGACUAAUUAUCUCAGGCCUGAUAUCAAGAGAGGCAAAUUCUCUGACGAUGAAGAAAAACUUAUCAUCAAACUCCACUCACUCCUUGGGAACAAAUGGUCAGCAAUUGCAACACGUCUACCGGGACGAACUGAUAAUGAGAUAAAGAAUUACUGGAAUACUCAUCUGAGGAAGAAACUUCUGCAGAUGGGAAUCGAUCCCGUAACUCAUAGGCCUAGAACUGAUCAUGUUAACCUUUUUAAUGGCCUUAUUGGGAAUUUGCCUCCUCACCUGCUUGCUGCUGUUUCCUCCAAUAUUAUCAAUAAUAAUAGUUCCAUGAACCGUCAAUUCGAUAUGAAUACUCUCACCAAUUUCUUGUUUCCAGAUACAGAUCAACUAAUUCACCAAAUCCAAUUGUUACAAACUUCUAGCUCAUUAAUUCAUUCCCUAAUUACCAACGCCGCCACAGAUAAUUUGAACCAAAUCUUUGGAUCACAAUAUAUUUGUGAUCAGAGUCAUCAGCUUCAGGAGUACUACAACUCUGCCUUAAUGAAUUACCAGCAAUUUCUAUCCAAUAACAGCAGCGACGACUCAUCAAUUGGUAAUUUUGGUCUCAAUUCCUCAGAUAAUGUCCAAGCAGCAAUCAAAGAUGCAAAUAAUUUCUCUGAUAACACUGGUCAUGAUAUUAAUGCCACUAAUGGAGGUGAUCAACUGAUGGUGAGUGGUACAAGUAGCACAUCAUCGUCAUGUGGGAAUGCUGGAAAUGUAAUUACUGCGAGUGAUCAAAUUUUGAGAAACAUCAGCGCAGACGACGUUCCUAGGCUAGGAAUUAUGCGUCUUGAUUCCCCUGAGUUUCCAAUGAGUAGCAUUGAAUUGCCAAAGGAAAACACGAGGGGCGAUAUUUACCCAAAACAAGAACUGAUGAUGCAGCCUUCAUCUGCAUCAGGGUCCACCUUUGGAGCAUGGGGACAAAUAAUGGGUGAUGAAGAAGCAAGCGACUCUUACUGGAGAGACAUCAUAGAGUAUCUUCAAGGUCUCCAUGACCCCGCCUACUCACCUUAAUUAAUUGCUUUGGUUGCGAUGGUAUAUUGAGACACUUCCUUUGUUGAUAACUGCUACUAUUUUUCGAUAUGUAAAUUAAAAAUACUUUGAAUUCUUUCCAUCAACUGGCUUGCAGUUUCUGGAUUCCAUUGUAUCAGAGGCCUUUAACUUCUCUUUUUAGUUAUUUAUUUAUUUACAGUAUCCUUGUAAAUUAACCUGUUGUGACAUGUUAUUUGCCUUAUUUUCAUAGUCAUAUAUGCAUAAUGUUGUAGUGUCAAAUGUCAAUGUGUCAUACUGUAAAAUUCUUCUAUAUUGCCGGCCCUGUUGCCGGUGUGUAGAGUUAAGUUAUACUCGAUAGUUUAAAAAUUUGGCUCCUAUAGUGAUGGAAAAGAGAAUUACUCC